AUGUCGUCCGUCACCGCGAAGGCCAACCCGCCGCAGGCGUUCAUUUCCAGCUACGCCCCGCGCAUUCGCACCUAUGGCAACUCGCUGCUGCAGCCCGUCAUCCCUCAGCUCACCCAAAUACCCCCGUCGCGGACGACCAAGCGAGGAACCACUGCCAUCAACUACGCCGAGGAUGGCUUUGAUGACGACGAUUUCGAGGACAGCGAGGGGCCUAGGCGGAGGCCCACUGGCCUGCGCAGCUUGAGGCAGCAGGACGAUCCACAGGCGAAGCUGGGCCAAGACGCUUCGCAGCUGGGCAAGGAGCUCACCGCGCCGGUCGAGGUGCAAGGCAUUUGGAGAGAGUGGAUGGGCAAGCCGAAGCGCGCAUUGACGGAGAAGCAACUUCAAAUACAGUCGCAUUUGCCGCUCACCCUGAUUCCUAUCCGCAUCGAUCUGGACAUCCAGCCUUUCCGCCCGGAAGCACCCUUGCCCACUCCGAACAACGCGCGCGACUUUGGCAUUGACGAAAGCCUGCCUGCCUACAGGCAACCCGACGUUACCCCCGCAUUCAGGCUGAAAGAUGCCUUCUUGUGGAAUCUGCAUGAGGCGCUGACGACGCCUGAUCAAUUCGCCAAGGUCUUUGUAGAGGAGCUGGACUUCCCCAACGACAGGAAGCCCAUCAUCAUCACGCAGGUUGCCAACCAGAUACGCCAACAGCUGGAAGAGUAUGCUGGAGUCGCAAUGCACCCGUUGUUCCAUUCUACAAACACAGCCAACGGCGCGGCAACGGCGCCUCGAUCCACUCAACCCCCGGCAACACCUCGCGAGCAAUCCUCAACACCAGCGCCAGCCAGCACCCUUGCGCCCACUCCUGCUGCUCCAAAUGGCACCCCCGUCCCUGUGGGACCUAGCGGCAACAGCAUCUCCGCCACCGCCACCCCUCUUCCCUCCGACGACGUUCACAACCCUGAUGACACCUACCGAUGCAUUAUAAGCCUUAAUAUCAACCUGCUCAAUCGUCUUUACAGCGACAAGUUCGAGUGGUCAUUACUGCACCCCCCAGGCUUUGCUGAGGUAUUCGCCAAACAAACCUGCGCCGAUCUUGGCCUGGCGGGGGAAUGGGUGCCAGCCAUGACACACGCUAUCUAUGAAGCUGUCUUGAGACUUAAGAAAGAAGCCUGUGAGAAUGGCGGCCUGGUGGGUUAUGGCGAGAUUGAGAACGAGGCCGCCGAAGGUGCCGAGGCUGGGUGGCGGUACGAUCCAGAGCACCUAGCGGAUGAGUGGGAGCCAAAGGUCGAGAUUCUUUCCAAGGAAGAGAUUGAGAAGCGCGAGGGCGAUCGUGAACGCCAGAUUCGACGCCUUCGCCGCGAGACUGCGCGCUUCUCGAGCACAGCGAACAUGUCAGGCGGCAUGCCGCAGAGCGACUACUUCGCGAACCCAGACCCCGAUGAGCGCAUGGGUAGAGGCGAACGCAGCAAGAAGAAGAGGCGAUUCCGGAGCUUGAGUCCGCCAAACAGGGACAGCCCAGAUACAACAGGCGGAUACGGCGGCCAAGGAGGAGGCCUGCAAGAGUGGGAAAGGCAGAAUUGGCGGUGCUCGCACUGUCUGGUGCAUGGUUCAGCGGUUUGGGCUGUGAGGGAUGGCCCCAACGGUUCCAGGUCACUGUGCCACAACUGCGGCUACUUGUAUGAGCGCGACAAGAAGCUUCCCCCAUGGUCGCACAAUCUUUUCAUCUACGAUGUCCACACUCGGCGGUGA